AUGACCAGAGAAGAAAAUGUUUAUAUGGCUAAAUUAGCUGAACAAGCUGAAAGAUAUGAAGAAAUGGUCGAAGCAAUGAAAAAAGUUGCUGAAUUAGAUGUUGAAUUAACUGUUGAAGAACGUAAUCUUUUAUCAGUUGCUUAUAAAAAUGUUAUUGGUGCUCGUCGUGCCUCAUGGAGAAUCAUCUCAUCAAUUGAACAAAAAGAAGAAUCCAAAGGUAAUGAAAACCACGUUAAAAAGAUCAAAGAAUACAAAUGUAAAGUCGAAAAGGAACUUACCGACAUUUGUAAUGAUAUCCUCGAAGUUUUAGAAUCUCACUUAAUCGUUUCAUCAGCCUCUGGUGAAUCAAAAGUUUUCUACUACAAAAUGAAAGGUGAUUACUUCCGUUAUUUAGCUGAAUUCGCCACCGGUAACCCACGUAAAACUUCCGCUGAAUCAUCAUUAAUUGCCUACAAAGCUGCCUCUGAUAUCGCUGUCACUGAAUUACCACCAACCCACCCAAUCCGUUUAGGUCUUGCAUUAAACUUUUCAGUUUUCUACUAUGAAAUCUUAAACUCCCCAGACAGAGCUUGCAACUUAGCCAAGACUGCAUUCGAUGAUGCCAUUGCCGAAUUAGAUACCCUCUCUGAAGAUUCAUACAAAGAUUCAACUCUCAUUAUGCAAUUAUUACGUGAUAAUCUUACUUUAUGGACCUCUGACGUUCAUAAUAUGGAAAAAAAUCAAGAUGGUGACGACGAUCAAAAUGAACCAGGAAUGUAA